UCUCGUCUCUUUGAUCCACCCCAUUUAGAGCACUAUAAAGAAAGCGGGGAUAAAGGAAACAAAAGGCAGAGCAUUAAAAAGAAGAGAAAGAGGAGAGACCUUUACCAUGGUCAUGACGCCGAGAGAGCAGCCAGCGGCCUGCGGCAGAGGAAGGGCAGCUGGUGGAGAUGGAGGUGGGAAGGAGACGCAUUUCCGGGGGGUAAGGAAGCGGCCGUGGGGGAGGUACGCAGCGGAGAUCCGGGACCCGGGUAAGAAGAGCCGGCUCUGGCUCGGGACCUUCGACACGGCCGAGGAGGCCGCACGGGCGUACGACGCUGCCGCCCGCCAGUUCCGUGGAUCCAAGGCCAAGACCAAUUUCCCUUACCCGAGCCCCGGCAUCGUCGUGGUCGCCACGGCGGCUGGUGGUGGCAGCCCCAGCAGCCAAAGCAGCACGGUGGAGUCGUCCGGUCGCGAGGCAUCGGCCGCCGUGCCCCCCCUUGCGAUCCCGCUCUCGCCCUCGCUCGACCGCGGCCUAGUCCACCGCGGCGGCGCGCGAUUCCCCUUCCAGCCAUUCCCCGCCAUCGCCGCUCAUGCCAUGCCGGCGGCUCACCCGUGCUUCCUCUUCGACUCGAUCGUGAGACCGGACAAGUCGGCGACGGCGGCGAUGAACCACCACCGUCUGACACUGUGCCCUCCCAUGAUGAUCGCCGGUCUACACGGUCGGAUGGCCAGAGGCUCCCAGAGCGACUCGGACUACUCUUCCAUCGUCGACCUCCGUUGCUACCAGCACUCGGCGCCGCCGCACAAGAUGUUCACCCUCGAUCUGGAUCUGAACCUGCCGCCUCCGCCCGAGAUCGCUUGACUCGCCUUUCACCUCGCUUCAAAUCUUAUCCCACGCCGUAGUUAAAGCAGGUCCUCUAAUCGUCCCUUUCCACGUUCAAGAAUGUCUCUCUUUCGGAUUAGGAGAUGAAAGAGGUGUGAGAAAGAGAGUUUUUGUAAAAUAGUUGCUUUUCCUUCACCGAGAAGGAGAUCAGUAGUGCCAUCAGAGGAGAGAUUCCGACCUCGGUGUUGUCGUCUCGCUCUUUUUUUUUCUUCUUUCCCCCUCUUUAUGAUUGUUACUAAUGGAAAAUAAACGUUCUUUUAAUUUUAUUC